AUGCUCACCAACCUUGGCGCAAUAAUCUUAUUAGAGUCGUCCAACCGGUGCAGUAUACUGCUACGGCAGACGAACUGAAAGAGUAUUUGGGAUUAUGUAUCGCCGACGGAAAAAUUGAGCAGAUUGGAAGCUUGUGUCAAAUAAAAGAUCCUUGA